AUGAUGCACUCACCAUCUAAAUCUAAACAGCCUCAAUCAAAAUCUGAUAUCUCGACGGCAGCGACAUCUGAUAACAGUCUUAGGAAGCGCAAAACACCUGAUGAUGACUUCACCCACCUAUUUAAGACUUUUACUCUAGAAAUUAAAGCCACUAUAAGCAACCUGCAAACUGAUAUGAGCACUAAACUAUCUGAAAUCAACCAACAUAUGAGCACCAUAAGAUGUGACCUGGACACGUUAAACUCAACGACUUCUGAGAUAAAGGCUGAAAUUAAUUCUUUGCGAAAUGAUUGCAUUAGUACGAAGAAACGUGUCUCCGAACUUGAAGAUAAGCAGCAGGCUAUGUAUGCAUCAGUUACUGACAUCCAAUCUUCGGCACAGUUUUGUUCUGAUCAACUGGAUGACGUUCAGAAACGUCUGUCGUUAUUAGAAAAGUCGAGUAGCAAUGGAUCGCAGGUAACAAAUAAAAUGAUUUCUUUGGAAAGUAAAAUAGAGUAUAUGGAACAACAGGCCCGGCAAUGCAACAUUGAACUGACUAACGUUCCUGAAAGGAGAGGGGAAAACCUGAAUAUUAUUUUAGAAACAAUCGGAUCUAAGAUUAAUUACCCUAUUCAGCAUAAGGAGAUAAUCUCGGUUCACAGAGUCCCGCAGGCUCAACAAUCGGAUCGCCCAAAGAAUAUUAUAAUAAAAAUGCAAACUCGCACUCUACGAGACAAUAUAUUAAGUGCAUUUCGCGCCUCCAAAGGUCUAAAGACGGACGAACUCGGUAUAGCGGGCCCUUCUAGAGCUGUCUACAUGAACGAGCACCUAACUCUUCAAAACAAACUAUUAUUUCGAGAGAGCCGCGAGAGGGCGCGCGCGCAAGGCUACAAAUAUGUCUGGAUUAAGAAUGGGACGGUCCUUGUGCGUGAAGCGGACACAAGUCCAGCCUUCGCCAUUCGUUGCCGCAACGACAUCAACAAAAUUCAACGCAAGGAAGCUCUAUAG